UUUGUUUUGCCCUCCAGUCUGGUAGCUGAUGUUGUCCUCUUCAACUCCCAGUACAACCAGGACUCCUUCUUAUCAUCCAUCAAAACCCACCUCAACAUCAUACCAGACUGCCGGCCCAAGGGUCUGUCUGAACAGAUCAGACCAAAAUGUCAGGUUCUCUAUUUUCCCAUCAACUUCCCCGCACAUUGGAGACACUGCUACACAACAGGUGUCGGAACAAGUUCUGCUGCCUCAGGGCACAAGCUCUCUUCUGUGGAUCAAACUGGCACAGCCUGUGGAGGGAAACUCUAUAGUGUUUAUGAUACAGGCACCAGUUGUUUAGGGCAGCUCUCUAAAGCUGACUGUGCAGAAACUUUAUCAGAUGUGGACACGAUGGAUGACUUUGCUUCAGAAACAGGGAAAAGUGAUGAAGAUAAUACUCAGCUCACUGCUACAUCUGAUUUAAAUAAUCAUUGCAAGAUGUUAACUGUGAAGUCUUCAGUAAAUGGUAAGAAGUUGAGGACAAGUCAGCAAGGAAUGAGCACACAAGGAGAAAUACCUUCAAGUGUAGGGAGCUGUGUAAAAAGUGACCAGAACCUUUCUAACGAGAACGGGAAACCUAGUGGUGACCAUGAGAACUGUAGGUCUGAUGCUGAUCAGCAGAGUUGCUUGAUGAUGAGAAGUACGGGUAAAGAUGGACCACUGCACAUUGUGUGGCCACAUCGCUGGGAACAUGACAAGAACCCAGACUUGUUUUUCCAGACACUGUUCCAGCUGAAGGAGGAAGGUUGCUGCUUCAUUGUGUCUGUACUUGGGCAGGAGUACACUGAUGUACCUGAUAUAUUUACUGAGGCAGCAGAGAGACUGAAAGAGCAAAUUCAUCAAUGGGGACAUCUGGCAGCUAAGGAGGAUUACUACAGGCUGUUACAUCAGGCUGAUGUGGUGGUUUCCACUGCAGACCAUGAGUUUUAUGGGGUCUCCAUGUUGGAGGCAGUUUACUGUGGAUGUUACCCUCUCUGUCCUAACAGACUGGUCUAUCCUGAAAUCUUCCCCAAGGAGUGCCUGUAUAACACACCACAACAGCUGAAGAAAAGGUUGAGGGAUUUCUGCAGAAGACCACAGCUAGCAAGGAAACACUCAAUAAGUCUUGGGAUACAUCAGUACAGUUGGGAGGGCCUGGCAGAGGAGUAUAAGAGACUCUUGCAGUAAUGUUGAAAGAAUCUGGAAGGCACAUCAGAGAUUCCUGCUGUGUUGUGAUGUCCCACUGCCACACAGCGAACACCACGAUGAUGAAAACUCCCACCACCAGCACAGGAAGACCUGCAACAGGAAUGAUAA